GAGAAAGUUCUCCCCAUCAUGCCUUGCAGUGGAUGAAAACAAUCUCAUAGCAGUGGGUUAUUCACAAGGGCUAAUCUCACUCUACAACCCUGAUGGAUCACUCAUCAGAACAUUCUCUACUCCAGUAAAGGGAAAGAUCGUAAAAUCAAAGAUGGCUGCCAGUAUCACAGUCACUUCAGUGCUUGAUAAGAUCAGUAAGGAUCAUCUAGAAUGUCCAAUAUGCACCAAUCGCUUCAUCAAUCCAACAAUGCUAGACUGUCUACACGGCUUCUGCUUCACAUGCCUCAAGGAGCUUCACCAACAAGAUCCUAACAACUCCAUCCUACUGUGUCCUCUGUGCAGAAAGAAAACAACACUAGAAGACAACAAGGUUGAAAGUCUACCUAAGGACUUUAAACUCAAUGCCCUGGUGGAUGAGUUUACUGUUCAGGAGCAACUCAUGGAGGGUCAUGGGUCAGAGGUCAAAUGUCAAGCCUGUGAAAGAGAUCAUAUGGCUGUUUCCAGAUGUAUUGACUGUGACAAUUUUAUUUGUCAAGAAUGUCAACAGGCACAUCAGCAUUUUGCUAUUUUGAAAUCACAUCAAAUCUAUGCACUUGCUCAACUGCAAUCAGGUGUAGUAACCUAUCGCAGUAAGAUCAGGGAGUACAUUCCAAAGUGUGGCAAGCACAGUGAUCAGACUCUGAACAUCUACUGCAACACAUGCCAGAAGUUAGAAUGCACAACAUGUACUGUUCUUGAUCAUGGAAAUCCAAAGCAUGACCUUAUUGGCAUACCUGAGGCUUUAGACCAAUGCAAACAGGAAGUCGCAGAGCUGGUUGCAAAAGCUGAGAAGUGCAAGGUGGAUAUUCAAACUGCCAUGGAACAAGCCAGUGAGUCUCGCAAGAAACUGGAAUCUUCAUAUGCUGAAACCAAUAUGAAAAUCUCCCAGAAGGCUGCCAAGGAGAGAGCAAAGAUCACAGAAGAGGAAAAGCAGCUGAAGCAAGAGGCAGAGAGUGUUUACAAAGACAGAGUCCAGACAUUUGAAACUGCAGAGGCAACCAAUACAAAAGAAGUGACCCAGGUAGAGCACAAGCUGGGUGAAGUGAAUCAGUUCAUGACCCAAGCAAGCUCUCAUGAGAUUAUGGAUUUCAAGCUGAAACUUACAAACAAUCUCGAUGAACUAACUAAGAAACAAGGUGAGAUUGUGUCUGACAGGUUUUCCUUUCUUGAGUUUGAAGAAGGUGAAAGGUCAGUGGGAAGACUGGUGCUGGAAGAUGAGCAACAAGCUAAAGCAGAGGCUCAGGCCAAGGAACAUGAAACAAUCCAUACAAAACAGGAGUGGAAACUGAAGGAAAGUGUUAGUAAAAUUGGGAACACAAUAUUUAAGUGGGCGAAAUCGGUUGCAGCUUUCUCCGACAAUGAAAUAGUAGUACUAGAUACAACACACAAUGCAUUGUUUUCAUUAAAACCUCAAUUAGCAGCAGACAAAUCACAAUCUACUCACUGCCUACAAAGAUUAAAAGUCACAGGACUUACUAAACCAACAGCACUCACUGUGGACAAUAAUGAUCACCUGUAUGUGGUUGACAAUAGAGAAGUCAAGGUUUUUAACAGGAAAUAUAUGCUCCAUCAUCAGUUCCAGCUAAGUGGGAGAAAGCUCUCCCCAUCAUGCCUUGCAGUGGAUGAAAACAAUCUCAUAGCAGUGGGUUAUUCACAAGGGCUAAUCUCACUCUACAACCCUGAUGGAUCACUCAUCAGAACAUUCUCUACUCCAGUAAAGGUAGACUAUUUGACUUUAUACAAUGAGAGGAUUAUCUUCAACAGUAGUACAGAUGAUCCAGAUUUACACUUAGUUGAUUAUCAGGGUGGAAAGGUGUUCUCAGUAGAUAUUGAUCAGUCUGAAGGAUCCUUUGGUUUGUGCUGUGGUAAAGAUGGAAGUAUCUUUGUUGCUCAAUAUAAUGGGACAACACAAAACAAUAGAAUAUGUCAGUACAGUCCUGAUGGCAAGUACAUUGGAUGUGUCAUUGAGGAUUGUGGUAAUGCCUAUGACAUCACAUUCACACCAUCUGGCAACCUUGUAGUAGCAGCAUACACAUCAGUAAAAAUCUACCAAGUUGUUUCCCCAGUAUAGUAAGACUUCACCUUGUAACAUGCUAAAGUGAACGAACCAAAACAACUAAAAGCCCUUUUCACACGACAAAGUCAAACUAGGGUCCUUGGUCCCCGGUGCCAGUUGUCUUGACCAAGGACGUUAGUCAAACUCAAACAGGACCUUUCACACGGCGCAGAAACCAACGUCCCGUGUCUCGGAACAUUCGUCUUUUGUGGUGCUAAAGGUCAACAUUGUUCAUCGCCAUUUCACUGAUAUCCGCAUCGCCAACGUAUGUACCAAUCAUUUUUCUGCACUGUCGUGAAUCGGCGGCCCCUAACAAAGAUUUUUGUUUUGGACGAAGAAUGAACGUGUAGUUGAGUUGCUCGAACCAUUCACUCAUGCUCCGACCACCAAUUCCAAACAGAAAAUGUAACAAUCGAUUAUAAACUGGGGAGUGCAGAUUCUUACCGAUGAAUGUUGUCAUAAAUCUGGCACGCAUUUUGUUGCACACUGAAGUUUUUUUAUAUAAAUAUGUCGUUCUAUGCUCGAUCAUGAAACUUAUCGAACGAAUGCUACGUAGGCCUACUCCUAGAACUAUGCUGGAAUUUCAGGGAAAAUCAAAUUGAUUUUCGAGAGUGAACUUUUUGAAACAUGUCUCAACGAUCUCAUGCUAAACAUUGAAAACUUGCUCUCUUGAAGGAGUCAUGCACACGUUCUCAUAAACAUGCUCAAAGGUUUAACGUUAUCGUACAACAGGGUCGAACAUCUUGAUUUUCUUGCACUAUGUGUUUCUUCUUGCGCGCAUGCGUAGUAGCUCCAGCCACACCAGGGUCCUUCGUUACGCAAGCAAUGUUCAUUCACACAGCACACACGGGCGAUCGUGGUAUAAUUUUCACAACGUUGUGUUUUCAAGACGGAGGUCUGGACCUUGGUCUUAAAAAGACCACGGACCCGUGCCUAUUUAAGCAGAGGUACCUUUCACACGAUGUGGAUUAAACAACGUUGUGUUCUUAAGACCAAGGACCCCCUGCUUAUUUUCCUCGUGUGAAAAGGCCUUAAAACAAUAAUAUCAUAGCAAGCACAUUACCCUAGUUCAUGUACAUUGUACCUUUGGUUUUGCUGGAAGUAACGGUUUGAAUACCUUGUGUUUGAUUUAUUAAAGAAUCUGGACAAUUAAUUUCCUAAUCCUGAAUACAACCUUGAAGAGCAUCCACAAUCUCAGAUGUCUGAAGCCAAAGGCAAAGAAGGCAAUAUGGCUCUAUGUACAUAAACGUUGUUUCAGAACAAAAAUGGUGUAAAUCUCCUAAAUUACUGUUUACGUGAAAUGCUUGCGAAGAUAUUUUUUAAACAUCAACGGAGGUUGAAGGAACACGUUGCCUUGGA